AUGUGGCGGCCGUGGGGCAAAUCAACGGUUCAGAUUCACAACACGUCAUCUCCAUCCUCACCCUUCUCCUUCUCCUCCUUCAAAGACAUCCAGAAUCUCUGCGCCGACGACAACGAACACUCUCAACAACCCACAAACGCCGCCGCCAGAAGAACCUCUGCUAUUUUUCACCGCGUCCGAGUCGCCAACUCACUCCUUCGCGCCUGGUCAACUCGCCCACCCACCCAACCCCAAGAUGAAAAUUCCGCAAAACAAUCUGAGCCGUCCAUCAGCUCCAUCCCUGGCGCGGAGAAGCGAAUUGUCGUUUACUUCACGAGCCUGCGCGUGGUGAGGCCGACGUUCGAGGACUGCAGGACUGUCCGAUCAAUUCUCCGAGGGUUUCGUGUCUCGUUGGACGAACGAGAUCUGGCGAUGGACCACGGGUUCUUAACCGAGCUGCAGCAGAUUCUGGGUCAACACACUAAGUUGACUUUGCCGCGGGUUUUCAUUGGUGGGAGGUACAUAGGUGGGGCCGACGAGGUGAGAACGCUGCACGAGGCCGGUGAGCUCAAGAAGUUCGUGGAAGGCUUGCCCGCACAGGAACCGGGCGUCUGUGACACGUGCGGAGGGUACAGAUUUAUUCUGUGUGUCGAGUGUAGUGGCAGCCACAAGUUGUACACUGAGAAGAAUGGCUUCAAGAGUUGUACCUCCUGCAACGAGAACGGCCUCAUCAGGUGCCCUUCUUGUUCAUGCGCACUCACUCUAAUUUUCCUCUAA